AUGGCUCCGACCAAAUCCCCGUGGAAGAAGAUCGCGACCGCACCCAAGACUCCGACUAAGACGAAUGGCAAAUCUGCUGCGCGCCCAUCCCCGGCGAAAGCCCAGCAGUCCGAAGAUGCUGCAGCCCCCACGCCACAAGCUGCAACCGCCAACUAUGCCCAGGCCCAAGCCGACGAGAUCGAAGCCUUGAAGGCCAUUUUUAUGGAGGAAUAUGAGGACGUUGAAACUAAAGGAGCCUGGAGCAAAACCGCUGACCGCGCGUUCAAGCUUGCGCUCAAGUCCUACACUAACUCAGACAUCAACGCCCUCCUGUCCGUCCGAUUCACAGCCACCUAUCCCAAGACUAUCCCAAUUCUAAAACUUGAGGCCACUAAUGGUUUGCGCACCAAAACCCAAAAAGUUUUGGAGGACCUCGUGAAGACGAAGCCCAAUGAGCUUCUCGGUGAGGUCAUGAUCUUCGAGAUCGCCACCGCCAUUCAAGAGUUACUCGAGGAUGCUGUCGCCGACCGCAAGGAAGAUCAAGCCGUGCCGAGUCUGGAAGAAGAGCGCCAGGUCCACGAGGCCGCCGCCGAAGAGCUAGCCAGGAAGCAGGAGGAAGAAAGGCAGAAGAAGAUAGAGGAAGAAGAAGCAGAGCAGGACCGCAUCUUCAAGCACAUGGUGGAUCAGGAGUUGAAUAGGCGGAAGGAGCAGAAGCGGCAGACCAGAAUCAUCUCUGCUGCUGCUGCUACAGAGACUAGCAUGAUCUAUGAAAUCGAAAAUGGCCCAAUGAGGCCGCUCCGCCACGGACCUGUCGCCCAGGUAUACGCUGUCAUUCACAAGUCGAUUCCGCUCGCCUUCAAGAAGGCUCUCGUUAAGGCUGAAAACAAUCCAGCCCGCGUGAAGAAGCUCGUCGAAGAGUUCGACCAGGCUAUGGAAGACCUGAGAAACGUGUCGCACGAGAACGUCAUCACCAUCCUCGAUUUCAAAAUUGAUAGAGCACCGGAGGGCGCAGAAUGGAACAUCAGCAUUCUUUCAGACUUUGCCGAUAGAGGGUCCCUUGUCGACCUGUUCCAAGCACUCGACUACUUGCAUCGCAGUGGUGUGAUCCACAAGAGAGUCCAUCCAGGCAAUGUACUCUUCUGUGAACCUGCUGAAGGUGGUCCACUGUUUGUCAAGUUGGCAGACGGCGGUUUCCAACAGUGCCUUCACAAUGCCAUCGACGUCGCUCGAGGAGCCGAAAAGGCUGAGUCAGCGAGGUCUGCCUAUUGGACGGCUCCCGAGCUUCAAGAUGGCAACGGUAGGCCCUCGAGGAAAACGGACAUCUGGGAUCUAGGCAUUGUCUUCUUACAAAUGCUGUUUGGCCUCGAUGCACCCCAGAAGUACAGUUCCCCGGGAGCACUGAUGGAGGAUAUGGAUAUCUCAGCACCCCUCGAAGAGAUGAUUCGCAAUAGCUCGAUACCCAUAGCUGGUCGUCGAAUCCGCCAGCUUGGUCGCCUCGGAAGGGGAGGAUAUGGCGAGGUCGUCAAGGCACGCAACAAGCUCGACGGCGGUGUAUACGCGAUCAAGAAGAUCAGACAAAACACCGCUUCUGCUCUCUCCGAUGUUCUGUCGGAAGUUAUGCUGCUCUCUAAGAUGAAUCAUCCGUAUGUCGUACGUUACUACUCCGCCUGGCCGGAGAAUGAAUUGGGGAGUGCCAUCGACACCGAGACGGAAACAGAAUCAGUAGUGACUACAGAAGAUACAGUGUCUAACAGCGGCCUCGAUAUACAGUUCACAAGGAGCAACACUGGCGGUCUUGACUUCAUAAGCUCCGGAAUCAAUAUCGAGUUUGGGGACGAUUCUGAAGAUGAGAGUGAUACGGAAGAUGAGUUCUCUGAUGCUGAUAGCGAAAGUGCAUCAAGUUCGAAAUCUCGCGGAAUCCGAACCACUCUCUACAUCCAGAUGGAGUUCUGCGAGCGUCAAACAUUGCGCGACUUGAUCCGUAGUGGUCUCUACAAUGAUGCAAACAAGGGAUGGCGUCUCCUUCGCCAAAUACUUGAAGGCCUGGCUCAUAUUCACAGCCACGGAGUUAUUCACAGGGACCUCAAACCUGACAAUAUCUUCAUUGAUACUGCCAACAACCCCCGGAUUGGUGAUUUUGGCCUUGCGACAACGGGCCAGUAUCAGAUUGCUGACCGCGUCGCCACUUUUGGAAGCACGGCAACCAAUACUCAAGGAGACCAGACUCAUAGUGUUGGCACAACCUUUUACAUCGCGCCCGAGUUGAAGUCAGGUGUCAGUGGGACCUAUGACAGCAAAGUCGACAUGUACUCGCUGGGUAUCAUCUUCUUUGAGAUGUGCUAUCCACUGAAGACGGCCAUGGAAAGAAGCGAGGAGAUCACAAAGCUCCGUCAAAAGGAGCACGCUCUGCCUGAUUGCUUUCAGUCAUCGGACAAGGCCAUACAAGGAGAAAUCAUCCUGUCGCUUAUCAACCAUCGGCCGAUCAAGGACUACGCCUGGGAUCUCAAUGCAACGAACGGACCGCAUGAGCAGAAGGCGAGUACUUUGGUUCUCCAAGAGCUGGUGGAAGACAAGUUGAGCGCCGUUUUCCGAAGACACGGUGCCGUCAAGACAAGAAGGCAGUUGCUUUUCCCUACGUCGGCUCAUUAUGAAGAACAAAACGUCGUGAAGCUUUUCGACUCCUCUGGGACACUUGUUCAGCUACCUUACGACUUCACAUUGCCCUACGCUCGGUCAAUCGCUAGACAAGCCCCUCCUGUAGAAAAGACAUACACCAUCGGCCACGUCUACCGCGACGCAUUCACAGGAGGCGCACCUCGUAGCAACGGAGAAGCCGAUUUCGACAUCAUUUCGUACAACAGUCUUGAUCUCGCUUUGAAGGAAGCGGAGGUGGUCAAGGUCGUGGACGAGUCCUGCCGUAUAGCUCCGUCGCUACGCCGCUCCGUCAAGCAGAUUCUCAACAGGCUGAACAUCCAAGACUGGACGUGGCAAAAGAUUCGAAAUGACCUGCGUUCCCCCACUGUUGGUGUGUCAUCUACCUCGCUUGAUGACUUGGCCAAGUUCGAUUUCAGCACUGAAUUCUUGGACAAGACUCAUGCGAUCUUCGCUCACUUACGCACCGUUCUUGGCUAUCUCAAGAAGUUCAAUGUCCGGCGCCAGAUCAAGGUCAACCCUCUCGGCACAUUCAAUGAAAAGUUCUACGCUGGUGGCUUCAUGUUCCAAUGCUUGUAUGACACAAAGAGGCGCGAUGUCAUCGCCGCCGGAGGUCGAUACGAUGCCCUGAUUGAGGAGCACCGCUCCAAAGCGCAGGUAGCGUCAAUGGCACGUCUCCACAAGAAGGCUAGCAAGAACAACUUUCUCAAGAAGUCGACCGAAGAUGACUCAGGACCUGGCCAAUGGGCAACGCGACGUUGCGACGUCCUCAUCGCCUGCUUCGACUCUGCGGCACUCCGUUCCACCGGCGUAAAAAUGCUCGGCGAGCUGUGGGCUCACGAUGUCAGUGCUGAGCUCUCAAUUGACGCGCGGUCGCCGGAAGAACUUAUCUCGCACCAUGCCGAUGAAAAGCACUCAUGGAUCGUCAUCAUCAAGGCCGACGCAAUCAACACCGGCAAGCCCGAUCUCAAGGUCAAGUCACUGGUUCGCAAGGAAGACACGGACCUCCGCAGCUCCGAGCUACUCUCUUACCUCCGCCAGGAGAUGCGCGAACGCGACCACCGUGAGGGCCGCGCCGCCGCCCGCCUUAACUCCAGCCGCCUCCUCGGAGCGGGCGCGAGCAACGGCCACGAAGGCCACAGCACGCACGGUGGGACCGCCGACGGCGGCGGCGUCCCCGUCAGCGGCGGCCGCAGCUCCAACAAGCCCAGUGGUGGCGUCGGAGCGGGUGGGACCGGCAACACGAACAACGUCCAGGUGCUCAUGGCGCAGCACCGCUCCAAGAAGAGCAACAAGUGGAGCAUCGUCGAGGCGGCGCAGGCGCGCACCCGCGAGCUGCUGGCGUCGUACGCGGACGGGCCCAUCGCCGCGAUCGAGACCAAGGACGAGAUCCUGGACAUGGUGCGCGAGACCAGGCUGAGCGAGCCGGAUUCGUGGCGCCGCGUCAUUCAGAGCGUGCCGUUGGCCGAGAGGCAGUAUCUGCAGGAGGUGCACGCGAUGUUGGAGGAGUAUCGCAGGAAGUGGGAGGCCGACGGCAAGGCGACCGAGGGGAGGGCUGCGUUCGUGUAUAAUUUCCGGACUGGCGGCGUGGUCAUGUAUGACCUAGGACUUUGA